UGUGCGCUCCAGACCCUCCCAGCUCUUUCCCGACCCGGCACCGACUCACCCUGUGGGAAACAGGGCCCAGUAUAAAACCCUCCUCCAGCAGGAAACACACCAGUUCAAGUGAGAGGCUCGGAAAGUUCGUGUUCACUGUGGAGUUUGUUGUUGGAUCGACAGGAGACCGGUGCGUAAUGGUGAUGCGCCUCAUCCAAAAGAGAUAAACAAAGGCGCAGGGAGUUUUUGAUUUAACAGAAAAAGGGAAAAGUUUGAGUUGAAGGUUUGUUUUUGUUUAAAAAGAAAGAGACAAACUUGUUCCUCUUGGUGUUGAACUCAUGGCAGAGGGAGACUUCUACACGAUGGGGAGCCGGCAGAGGUUUCCUCGGGAUCCAUUUGGAGAGUCUCCGUUCCGGGAUCAGUCUCCGUUCAGGGAGCAGCUCGCCUCCCGGUUCAUGGAGGAUGACUUCGGGAUCCCUCCGUUCCCCGACGACCUGGCGAUGGACUGGCCGGGCUGGGCUCGACCGGGCCGGCUCAGCACCCGCCUGAGCUCGUCGCCCUUCAGCUCCACGUUACGCUCCGGUUUCCCCGCGCGUCAUUCCACCGGAGGCCCCGCGGUCUACACGAGCCGGUACGGAGAGGCCUCCCCCCGGAGCUCACCCACCUCCCCGGCCGCGGCAGGAGCCGGCAGCGCCGGGGGGGAGCCGUGGAAAGUGUGCGUGAACGUGCACAGCUUCAAACCAGAGGAACUAAACGUGAAAACGAGAGACGGGUUUGUUGAAGUGUCAGGGAAACACGAGGAGAAGCAGGAAGAAGGAGGAAUAGUGACAAAGAAUUUCACAAAGAAGAUACAGAUCCCGCUAGACGUGGACCCUCUGGCAGUGUUCGCCUCUCUGUCCCCCGAGGGCGUCCUCAUCAUCGAAGCCCGACAGACGCCGCCGUAUCACCUCUUCUGUGGCGAGGGCCCCCAGGGUGGCGAAACGCCGGAGGUGGAGAUCUCCAGGCCCCAAGAGGCCCCCGUGGUCUGAACCCCGACGUUUGACUGAGACGACAGAUCAACCCGCACCAUCAGUUUCAAGUUUGAUAUGAAAUUUGUGGCCUUCAGCUUCAUGUUGUUACAAACCUGGAUGUAAAAUAUGCAAAGUUUACUUUACAUGGAUAAAGUAAAGUCCUAUUGUUCGUGUUAAAGCUGCAAGAGUUCAGUGUAGAAAACAUUUUUACAAGCCUUAACAAAGAACAGCCUCAUCUUCUAGCUAAUGGAAAUGCAACAGACUUUUUUUUUUAUCCCAAAUGAAAUUCUCCGUCACUUUAGAGCUGCAGCUAAAACAAUUCUUUUCAUUGUUGAUUAAUCUGCUGAUUGUUUUCUCAGUUAAUAGUUUUGUGCAUAAAAUCAAAAUAGGAAAGUAUCUUAAAGGUGACGCCUUCAGACAUGAAGACAUUUCAUUUACUUUUACGAUUAAAACAAAGAUUCAUCACGUAGAAAAUGGAACCAGUUAUUUUUUCGUGACUCUUCUGCUCAAAGAAAUCGACUCAAACGGUUUAUCUGCUUACAGCAGCACUAUGCACAGAGUGAAUCACCACGUGUGGCUGUAGAGGGCGCUGUUCUGCAGUAAAAGAUACAUGGUGUUGCUUUAAGUUGGAAAUUUUGGUUAAUUCUCGGUAGACGAUCGAUGCUUCGUUCACGUAGAAACCUGCGUUCUGGAAGGUUCACGCCAUUCGUCAUGAAAAGAUGAUCUGUUUGUUUUAGGUUUUAGAAAAAAUGUCCAAUGUUGUAAUUUUUCUUAUGAGAAUCGUCUCUUUUCUCAAGAAUCUGUCUCGGGGGCAAAAAAAAUCCUCCACGUUCAUCGUACGUCAACUGGUUUGUGAUCGUCUGAUCCGCUGAAAAUUUACCUGGACUCGGAGCCCAGCAGAAUCUAUCCACGUGUGGCUGCAGAGGGCGCUGUUGCUCAGUAAAAGCUGCACAGUGUUGCUUUAAAAUAGCUGCAAAUUGAUUAUCCGAUGAUUUAAAUUCUGUUCCCCGAAGCGGGACUCGAUGACUUUAGGUCCUUGGUUCUGUUUCAUCCCAACGAUUUCCUUUGUUACGAAAUGAUCACAGACCAGCUGGUUUGGUAAACAUGAGUUUCAGCGUCAGGUUUCAUGUUUUCUGGGAACCCGAAGAUCCAAAAUAUCAAAAGUGCCUUUAUUUACUCAGAUCUACCACGGUUUGACCCUUUAGUCACUUCCACUGGAGAGACGUUCUGUGGCUUGAGUAGAGGGUGAAUUGUGUACAUUAAUACUGUGUUCUACCAAAGUGUAUUGUAAAUAUACUUUAAUAUGUACCAAUUCAUUAUAGAUGUUAAACAACUGUUGCAGGUUUUUGCAACAUGUUUGGAUUUUUUCUUUUUUUUGUAUGUGAGAAUUCAGAAAGAUGGUUGCAUGAUUGUCGGAGCGGACAUGUUUGCCAAAGACGUUUUUUUUUUUCUUCCUGCCUUCUUUUAUCUGUUGAUGUCUUUGUAUCGGCUGAUGCAAUAAAAAAUGACCAGCCAGUGUC